AUGGAAUUAAUAAUAUUAAAAGUAUUAAUAUUAUUAUCAAUAUUGAUAUCUGGAUUUCCUGGAUUAAUACCAUAUGCAUUGGAUAAAUAUGUAAAGAUUAAACAUAGCAAGAAAGAGUAUGUGAUUGGAUUGGGCAAUUGUUUUGUGGCUGGUAUCUUUUUAUCGAUUGCCUUUGUACAUUUGCUCAAUGAAAGCUCUGAAAAGUUGAGCGAGGUUAACCAUCACAUACCAUUGGCAUUUAUCAUGUGUCCCGUUGGCUUUGUAGUCGUUUUCAUGAUUGAAAAGAUUUUUAAUUGUUUUGAAGGUCAUAAUCAUGGUCAUAGUCAUGGAGGUAGUAAAAAAAAUAAGAAAAACAAAAACAAAAAAAACAAAAAGAAUAAUAAUAAUUUAUUGGAAGAAUCUACAACAAUAUAUAAACAACAAAGUGGUUCAUCUGGUUAUAUUAUACUUGAAUCUUCAAAUUUAGAUGAACAAAAGCAACCAAAAUCAGUCUCACCAAAAUUUCCACAUUCACCAUCAUAUGGUACAUUUCAAGAUAUUACUAUAGAUACUAGUAGACCACCUUCACCAUUUCCACAAUCACCUAAUCUAUCCUCCUCCUCCUCCUCCUCUAUACCAACUACAACUAUUACAAUUACUCAAGAUAUUGAAACACCAACAGGUGAUGAACAUUUACCAAUGAUCAAAGAAGAUAUAAUAAUAACAUUGGAAAAUGAUAAAUCAACAGAUUCUUCUACUACCUCUUUAAAAGGACCAACACCAAUUAUAUUAGUAUUUAUUUUAUCAAUUCAUUCUAUUAUUUCUGGAUUUACAUUGGGUGUCGAAUCCAAUUAUGAUAUUAUUUAUCCAUUGUUUAUUGGUAUUAUUUCUCACAAGUGGCUAGAGGCAAUGUCUUUGGGUGUGUCUUUGGUCAGAAACAAGAGCUCCUUUUACGAGACACUCAAGCUAGUCUCGUUGUACAGUUUGACAGAGCCUCUUGGUAUUGUCCUUGGUGUGGCUGCAUCGGUAUCGGUCGCCUCUACCACUGCCACCUCUCUUGUCCUCGCCUUUUCAUCUGGCACUUUUAUCUAUAUCGCUUUGAUGGAUAUUUUGGUCGUCGAGUUUAACGAAUCCAUCAAACAAUCCAGACUCACCAAACUCGUUAAACUCGCCUUUUGUAUCAUUGGAUUUUUAGGCAUGUCUGCCCUAACCUUGGCUUUUCAUUCUGAAGAUGAAGAAGUCGAGGGUCAUUAA